UCCUUAUCGAGCUGCUGUUGCCAUGACAACGCGUCUGUACACAGCACACAGAUGGAGCAGACUUCCUCCAACUCAGUAACUUCAGGUUUUAUUUCUCAUUGUUUUUGUCAUGGCCGCGUGUUUAGUACCAGACUUUCCAGCUGUGAACAUCGCACUGGAACAUCUGGGCGAAUUAGAUAAGCAGCUGAGAGCAGAGGGAGUGUCGUUCAGUCAAGAAGCCAGCCAUCACCUGAGCGAGAUAGCAGAAGCCAUUAAAGAACUGGAGGCAUCCAGAAAAGCUGUGCAUGAGGAACUUGAGGUGGAAACGAUAGAAACGGGAAAACUGCGCCAUCAGCUCCUGAGCCAGCGCGAUGAUAUUGUUGCUGACAUAUCAGCCGCCGUGGCCGCUGCCAGAGAUGCGAAUGCGGCCGAGUUAAAUCAACUCCAGCUGGAGAUGGCGAACAUCAUGCAGGAGAUCGAGUCGAUGGAGAAGAGACGGAAACUUCUGGAAGAACAGAACGUCCUUCUUUUACCAGAGCACCAGCUUCUGAACGCCGGCUACACCAAGCUCAUUGAGCAGCUCAACAGCCAGCUGUCAGAGAAAGCCAAUACGCAGAUUAGGCUGAAUGAAAUGAGGAAUGAGAUCCAGUCUACGAGGGAGAAGCUCACGCGAGUGCACUCAGCCAGGAAAGAUCUGCAGGAAAACCUGAUCAGGGAGAGGAAGCAGUUUGAAGAAACAAAGAAAAUGCUUGAGAAAGAGAUUGAGGAGACGAUGAACACCAUUCAGGAGCAGACAAAGAUGAACAGUGAGAUGCACAAAGAGCUGGACGUGGCUUUAGCCCUGCUCGCGAAGAAAGAGGAGAGAGUUGACAGCCUUUCAAAUCAAAUCUCAUUGUUGGAGAGAAGUAUGGUCAGACUGAAGACAUCACAGCAGAAACACCAAGAACAGAUCAAGGACAAGAUUGAAAAAUCAGAGGAGCUCACUAAGCAGAAAGAGCUCCGUGAGAAAGAGCUACAAGAGCUGAGAGAGGCGCUGAACCUGCAGCUGCUCAGCCUUCAGGAGAACAUCGGAACGGUGGAACGAGAGAUAGAAGAAGAACAGAAGGUUUACAGCGAUCAUCUCGAGGCCAUCUCUAAGCUUUCAUCCAUCUUUCAAGUUCAGAAGAAAAAGGAAGACGAUGCUUUGGCGCAUCACAGAAGCCUGAACAGAGAACUGGAAAAAUCGAAGCAGAGACUGGAUGAGCGCUUCGGCUCAAUCGCUAAAUAUAAACUUGAAAUCAAAGAGAUGGAGGAAGAGAUGAAACAGCUUCAUGAAGCCAACAAAGUCAGUAUGGAGCUGUUUCAGAAGAACAUGAUGGAGCUCGAGGGGCAGCUGGACAAAGAGAAGAAGAGCAGGGCAGCCUUCGAGGUCGAGAGAGAAGAACUCUGUCUGAGGAUCGAAACUCUAAAAGAGCAGCAUGAAGAGAGCGUGAGGAAACUCCGUAAGUCCAUCGCGUUACACAAGACGAGAUACAGCGAGCUAGCUGAGGAGAAGAAGAAAUUCCAAGAACACAAAGCGCUGAGCUCUUUAAUCGAGGAACUUACACACCGGAUCUCCAGAGCAGAAGAGGAGCGUAAACAGACAGAAAUCAAGUACAGCGACGAAAUACAGAGGCUCAACAUGGAGGUCGAGUCAAUCGCUCGAGCUCAACUGCAUGAAGAAAAAAAGCUGAAGGAUCAGAAGUCGGUGCUGUCAAAGGUCGAGGCUCAGUUUGACGUUGAUCAUUCUCAACAUCAAACCCUCAAGCAACAAACAGCCGAGCUGAAGGCCAGAAAAUAUCACCUGGAGCUUUCGAUACAGGAGGUGAAAGAGCGAACAGCAGCGAUGCUACAGACGAAGGAAGAUCUGAAGAAGGAGCUGCAGACUUUACGCGAGAACCACAUGGAGCUCCUGCGCUCUCACGCUGAGCAGAUCAGCGCCACAGAGAGGAGCAUUUAUGAGAACGGACUGAUGCUGGAGCAAGUGAACGUGGAAAACAGUCGCCUACGUCUGUGUAUUGAACAAAUGAAGAAGGACAUCACUGAUGCGAGGAAAGAGAAGACGAAGCACUUACAGGAAAUGAGCUGGAUGAAAGAGGAAGUGCAAUCCAUCUACAGAAGUUUAGUGGACGCCUGGAUCAAAGAUAAACUGGCUACAGAGGAAUCUGCAGAAAAAGACCACAAGUUCUUGGAAGCGAUGCAGACGCUCACGCUACAGGUCCAGGACAGGAAGCAGCACAUCGGAGACAUCAACAUGAGGCUGGAGGCGGAGCUAAAGGCCAUGAGCAAGCUGCUAGAAAUCACUAAAUCUCAGUAGAAACUACUGUAACAUCUGUAAAGAGAUCAGAUUUUAAAGGAAUGUUAAUGUCUUUACUGCUCUUGCAGUUCACUUCGCUGGCAGCAGAGAACUCUCAAAAUGUCUUUAAAGUCGCUCAGAACUUGUUUUUUCUCCUCUGUAACAUGACAAGCUGCAUUUUCCAUCUUAUUAACUUCAAGAGAGAGAAAAUGUAAGCAGAUACAGAAAGUAAUUCAUUUCAUAGACGUUCCACAGAUUAACUAUGAAUGUAACUAUAAAUGGAUAAAACUUGUAGUUGUUGGCAAACUGCUGCGGCGUAAAAGGAAUAAAACACUUUGUGACAA